CUGAGUAUCUGCAGGGUGGGGCUGGAUCUGAGGACUAUUUUGAAGUAAAACUCACUCUAGACCUACGUGUCGGACUGUAAAAACACAAACAAACAAUGGACAGGAAACUGAAUCUGGACCGAGCUGAGACGUUCUCCUUCGUCAACCCCUGGAUCAGAUACUUUCUCUUCUUUUUUAGCUUCUUGUUUUGGGUAUUCUCCUUAUUGAUUGUUGCAAUUGGGGUGUAUGCUAAAGUCCAGAAAGCUACAGACACAGUGCGGGACACGUUCCUGAUCGACCCAGCUGUCGUCCUAAUUGUGGUGGGGGUGGUCAUGUUCUUCAUUACUUUCUGUGGUUGCAUCGGAGCCCUCCGAGAGAACAUUCGCCUCCUCAAGACAUUCUCCUUCAGCUUGACGCUGGUCUUCCUCACCCAGCUAGCCAUAGCAAUUCUGGGCUUCUUCUACUCUGAUCAGACUCGCGAUGCUUUGGGAAAGUUUGUGAAGAAAGCCAUCGUGCAUUACAGGGAUGACCUGGAUCUGCAGAACCUGAUGGAUUACAUCCAGAAAGAGUUCAAGUGUUGUGGGUGGAACAACUACACAGACUGGUCUUGGAACCUGUACUUUAAUUGUACACAUACGAACCCCAGCUCCGAGCGCUGUUCUGUACCUUAUUCCUGCUGUACUCCUGUUCCUGGAGAGGUCGUGAUUAACACUAUGUGUGGUUUUGGGGUUCAAACCCAGAACUACUUGGAGGCAAACAAGUCAAUCUACCCAGUAGGCUGUGCAGACAGGGCGGUGAUGUGGAUCGAGUCUCAUCUGUUGCUGGUGGGGGCUCUCGCCCUGGGACUGGCCUUGCCUCAGAUUGCAGGGAUCGUGUUGUCCCAGAUCCUGAUCUCUCAGAUCCAAGAUGAGAUUACCUCAGUGUUGUGAGAGCGGGCCGACGCAGGGGAAGACUUGGGAAGAGAACUUACAGUACUCUGCUCAGCUCCUCCUG